UAACCUGUCAGACCCCUGCAAUAACUGAAGCCCUACUCACAUAGGGGCCACUCUGCUCACUGCAAGGAACCAUCUCGUGCUACAUUGGAAGGACAGGCCAGUAUUUAACUCUUCAGCCCAUCGCAAGUUAAACGUGUGUCCCCUUUACAUAGUCUAUACUUGCUCCUGUAACUGGUCUCCUCCAGCUGCCUGUUAAACGUGAAAUGUAAACGAGCUGGGGGCUGCAGCCGCUUAAUCUCAACCCGUCUCCUGUUUUAGGGGAUAGUUUUGAUUGUAACGUGACGGAAAGUCUUUCCCCACCACACUAAUGCUUAUUUUUAUCUUAUUAGGUUUACUGAGCGUAGAAGCUUUAGCUGCCUUUUAACCAGAGCUGGCUGAUGUAACAACACACCUCGAGUUCUCACCCCAGGACAGAGAGCUCCUGGAGCUUUGGAUUUGCUCAUCUUUUGGAAAAAAGAAGCUAAUCUAGGCUCUCCCCACCGAACUUGUUCUCCUGCAGCAGAAAGCAUGGCAAACACUUCCUGUACCAUGGCCAGGGGACACUCGAAUGCAACCAUAGUGGAUUGUUGUGUGGAAGCAGACUUCCAGUACCAUCUCUUCACUAUCAUCUACAGCAUUGUCUUUGUACUGGGACUGCUAGAAAAUGUCUUGGCUCUCUACCUUUUGACCUGCAAGGUCAAGCACACCUCGCACUCCUCCAUCUACCUCAUCAACCUGGCUAUAGCAGAUACCUUGUUUGUUUGUAUAUUGCCCUUUAAAAUCCAUUACCACCUGAACCAGAACGACUGGAUCUUUGGAGACAUGGCUUGUAGGAUCACCGGGGCCUUGUAUUACAUCAACAUCUACGUCAGCAUUGCCUUCUUCACCUGCAUUUGCAUGGAUCGUUACGUGGCCGUGCUACACCCCUUCACCUACAUCCGGAUCAAAGUCACCCACUACAGGAUAGCGGUCACAGUCUUUUGGCUCGUUGCCGCAAGCAUCACGAUCCCGCUUAUUCUUGGGGGGCCCCUUCACAACAAGGGCUCAGGGAACAAGACCGCAUGCUUUGAGAACUUCUCGCCGACUAGCUGGACCCAUCGCAUGAUGCCCUACAACGUCUGCGCCUUGCUGUUUGGCUUUGUCAUCCCGUUUGCCGUCAUCCUCAUCAGCUACCCUCUCAUCGCCAAGCGGAUCGCCCACACCAGACGCAGCAUUCACAAGAAGAAGGCCUUGAGGACCAUCUACCUGAUCCUGCUCAUCUGCAUCCUGUGCUUCCUUCCUUAUCAUCUCACUCACCUACUCCACUUCCUGAUGAGGGUCCAGCUCAUCCAAAGUUGCCCGUUUACCAGCGUAAUUUACAAAAUGCGCCGGGUCACUUUGGCCCUGGUCAGUUUCAACUGCUGCCUGAACCCCAUCCUAUACUACUUCACAUCUUCCAGCAAGCCAUGGCAUCUCGGCCUCAAGUUCAGAUCCAAAACCAAGGUUUAUACCAUUUGUGACAGAAAAUUCAAUGACUAGCCUUAUAAAAGCAAGCCAACAAGACGACCACCAACACAGCAAUUGAAUGAAUUGCCUUUUUUAAAACAAGGUCAGUAAGUUAUUCACCCAUAGGUUAUGGGUUCAAAUCCAACCGAACUUUGAGGAGGAGGAGGAGUAUUCAGGUGAGAUCAGGUGCUGUAUACACAUACUCUUUAGGGCAGGGACUAUGAAUUGAAUUUACUGGUGGUCAGUCCACUUCCUAGGAGACUAGAGUCUGUUACGACCCUCGCCCCCUCCAAAAGUCUUAAUUGGCAAGGGUGGGCUCAGCAGACAAAAUGAAGAUAAAAGACACAACACAUUAGCAGAGAUGCCUGUGUUGUGUAUAAAUAGGACUUUAGUUGGGAUCAACAGCUCUGAAAACUGAAGAGCGUCAAGAAUGUAUGACAAUAUUUCCACUUCAGUGUUAGUUAUUAAUUAGGCAGUACAAAAAACAUCCUUUGUUUGGAAAGCGGUGACAUUAUAGGCUGGUUUCCAAAGUAAAUGGAGCAGCUGGCUUUCUGCUAUUUAAAAUCUCUUAGUAGAAUAAGAACAAUUUCAGUCUUUGUGUAUAGUAUGAAAUAUUUGAUUUAUUAAUAGUUGACAAAUUAUAUAUGAAUUAUCCAAACUAAUGGACCUGCACCAGUACGGUUUGGUAUACCGACUACUUGACAGUCAUUUCAUCAUCGGUAUCCUUUAACUGCUAUUGAGACAGACUGGUCAAGUGUCUAGCACAAAGGACUGGGACUCAGAGGGCUAGGUUCUAAUCCAGUUGCUUUGCAGGCCAUGGGCAGAUAUUCAAUGAUGUGCCAAUCUAGAAAAUGGGAAUAGCCAAGCACCUCCAUGUUGUCCCUUUCUUUGCUGAACACUGUGAAAGUUAGCUUUGCUUUAUAUCUGAGGGAUGUUCUUCCUCUCAAUAAGAGGCCCCCUGGGGAGUACAGAACCUCAGCUUGAGUUCAGGCUUCUCAGCUAUUGUUCACAGCCGUGUAUGCAUAUGCGGUAAUGGAUAAGUAACCGCUUAAAUAUUCUGCUUAGUUUUAAUCCCUAACCCCUUAUCAGUGUUCUGUACUGUUAAAGCAGACAGCUGACCUUACGUUCAAUGCAGCAGCAACAAAAUAAUUGAAUCAUUUUGUUCACAAGCUUCAAAGGGGGCCGAGUGAAUGAAAACGCUGUUGAGAGGAGCAUCUUCCUGUGCUGUACUUAUGUAUGUGGAAAAAGCAAAGUGCUGGCAUCAGAAGGUUCUUUUUAAUAUUACAAAAAUAAAUGUGAAUGGAAAGACUUUGAAAAUCUCUUACCUUGCUCUACAAGGAACACCUGU